GCAAAAGUAUUCACACAAUCCAGAAAUCCCACAACUAGGGUAUAGAUGGCACGAAUACAAAAUGGGAAAAUGUAUGUCGAAGCUCGCAUCUAGGUCGGUUUCACCGUGUAUGAUCACCAGUGCUUCGAUUCGAAGCGCAUCGGCGACAUCGGCGAUCCUUGCGUCAGUUGCUCUAAUUAUUCAUACAUAUAUUAACAAACAAUGGUUGAUAGAUUAUUUCGAUCGGGCCCACAGGAGAAGAAAGCUGAUGCGUCUUUGUGUCAAUUGCGUGCCGGGUAGAAUGGAGUUUGCAGCAGCGCGUGAAUUGGCUUCUACCUGGGCAGAAACUGGAGUUAUAGAUCCCCGGGAGGAACGAUUACUAGCACUUCUAGCUGGAAUUCCUGAGGACCUUAGACAAACCAUGAUGGAGGUUUCCAUCAAGUGCAUGCCGAGCAAAAUGGAUUUGGCAGAUGGAGUUGCUUUGGUUUCCGCCUUGGCAGCCAUAGGAAUCAUCAAUCUGCGAGACAAUCUUAGGAUCGACUUUGAAAAACACUCAAAACACACCGCACCAGUUUGGUUCUAUCAAAUGGACGACGAGGGUCGAGUUAAAAGGUUGCGUAUAGGAGGCAGCAUGAUCUAUUUCGAUGGCAGAAACGAUGAAGACAAUUUUGAUUUACCAUCCGAGAUAGCCCACCUCGAUCAAUUGGAGGAGCUUUCAGUGGUCAACUGUCGGUCUCUCCCUAUAGACAUUCAACAUUUGACAAAUUUAGAGAUUUUAGUGUUUCUGAGAUGCGAUUUCAAUCAACAGCCUUUUUGGCAGCAUGGCCGUGUCGACGAAUAUGGAUUGUUCGGAGUUGAACUCCAGCACGUAACAGGGAUAGGUAUAAUCGAGUGCGAGUGUUUUUCUUCCCGGCCCUUUUUCACAUGGAUGACAACUAAGCUGCCUCGGUUAAAAAAUGUUCAAUGCGGAUGUUUGCAAAAUUCUGAAAUAGACAGUUUUCUGGGAAGACUUCGCACAACAAAUGUACGCUUUCGAGAGAAACUAAGAUACCUCACAAUAGAUUCUAGUAAAUUGAAUGACCGUCAACUGGAAACUCUCUUGAUUGACGUUUUGCCGAGCUUUUCGAGCGUGAAUUAUCUCAACCUCUAUCGCAACAAAAUUCAGAGUUGCCAAUCGGUUGUCAAUCGAAUUCACAAAGACGACGGGAUAAGGUUUGUUCCUAAUUCGAUCGUUGCUGCGAGUUUUCGCGGUAAUCCUAUAGAGGAAACGAUAAGAAGUGAUCGCAGAGAAAAAUCUGCAAUGCUGAGCUUGUUGAAAACAUUUAGCACAAUUAUUAAUCUUGGAAAAUUUCAUGAAGGUGACUAUGAUCCGGAUGUUGAAUACGCAUUGCGAAUAAAUCAUGCCGGGCGGAGUAUCAUCGAAGGUGAAACUGAUGUUCGGUGCCUACCUCUAUCCAUAUGGCCCUUUCUGUUGGAAAAGGCAUUUAGAAACUCUUAUUGGAUCUAUGUGAAGGAAUCGGAAUUGUGUCUCCCGGAAAGAGCAUCUUCUCGGAAAGCAAAGCGUAGUGUGACAGGUGUAUACUACUUACUGCGCCAACUACCAUCAAUAAUUGGCGGGUCUGAUCCUACCGAAUCAUAAUGUUGUCAAGCGACAAAAAAAUCAUACAAUGGAAAUGAUUGAUUCUCUUUCUAGAUGGUUUACUUAAAUUGUGCAAUACGCACGGCACUUGGUAGUGAACACAUUGUCCUAUAGAAAUGCCGACUGGGAUAAUUCAAAUCUAUUGGCUUUUGUGGUAUAGGUUGUAAUUCAUCGACAGAUGCUACGGUAGAAAAAUAUAUGAAAUACAAACUAUUCAUUAUUUGAUGAUUAGAUACCUUUAUUUUAUUUUUCUUCACAGUAUUACAAGCGUAAGUGUUUUCUUUGCCACGAAUGGUAGAAAAAAAAGCAAGUUUUGUUGUGAAUUGUGUAUUUCGAAGAUCGCUGUGCCACCGUUCUCCCCGUAAUUCAGUUGUUGACUUUAUCACAUCAAGUGAUUUUUUAAAACGAACCUCAUACUCUUGUUAUGAAUUGUAUAUUCCACGGUCUUUUACGCAACCUUUCCCCAAUGUCUCGUUAUAUUCAAUUAGUGAAUAUAUGUAUCGACUUGCCCUAAGGAAAUAUGGAAAUUCCAGAAAGUUCCUUCAAUUCUUUGAAUCGUUUCGCUCGCGUCUUAUGGUCUUGAUUUAUGUACUUAUCCGAUUCGGUAUCGGAGAUAGUAUCUCAAGAGAGCCACGGAUGCAGGGAUGCUUCCAUCCAAACGGUUCUGAAAAAGCUCAAAUAGUUCGCCCUCCGGAACAAAUACAGUGUACACAGGAGGCUUGGAUCCGAAGACAGCCUUUAGGUUCGUGUUUGUGACACAGGAUUUACCACCCUGAGCUCCCAGGGGGCUCGCAUCGACCUUGCCCUUGUUCUGAUGCCGGAGGAGGGAUUCAAUGGUAGUCCACGAAUAUUCGUCGUUGUCGCUGUCACAUAGGCUGUUGUCGUCAAAGUCCGCAUCAAGCAAGCUCCGUGUCAGAACACGACGGCGGUGUGCGAUCCAAACGUCUCUGCAGUCCUCGAUUCGAGGGUUGAAGUCCGGGGUUGUUCGAAUCCCACGAGCAUUCGGAUGGUAACAGCCACACGCAAUGUCUUCGAUGGGCUCCCCGGAGACAACAUCGCGGACCACCAAAUGCAGUAAGAUACGCCCCGAAGACCCACGGUUGCCGAUCAAAGAAUUGAGUUUAUAAUCUCCCUGAACCCGGUGUCGACCUAGAUAAGACCAAGGCUUCUUUCGUUUCUUUGUGGAACCAAGUGGUGGACCUAUGGGCUCUUGGCCGUCCCACCAUAGAGCAGGAAACCGCACAUGUUGACUGCACAAGGAUUGCCAAAGAGUACCCGCUUUGAGAGCGUGCCGGUAAGCAGGAUCUUCCAUCAAUUCAUCAUGUAUAGCCGUGCGUGGAGAAAUCAUCUUUUCAAAUGGUAUAGCAGCAGCGGUAACACGGCAAGGUUGUGAACGAGAAGUACCGGGUGUGCCCCUUGAAGGGUUUCCAGUGGGAAGUCCCUUCUUGGAUGCUUCGGGAUUAUAAUUUAUGCACUGGCUUUCAUCGGGCAACAGUUGCUGCUUUUCCGUAAAUUUUUUCAUGAUGGAAUUCAAGUUUUUUUCUUCGACGUGCAAGUUCGCAAGGAAAUCUAGGUUGCAAUUCGCAAAGUCUUCCCGUUCAUUUUUUAUUUCAACUUUGGUGGUAGCGUCACUAGUAGUAUUCAAUUGACCGCAAGUCAAAUUACGCAUCAAGCUUUUUGGCAAGUAACCUUGGCCGAUGGAAGACGAGGCAAAUGUGCUAUCGUCCAUUUCCGAGACUCGCUGCACCAGACAGUUGUAGCUCCUCGGAGUGGUCCGUGUAGCGUCUUCGUUUUGCGUCUCUGAUUUCUUGGUGGCAGGAGAUGGAAGAGCACGAGACGGUUCUUCAGAGCGGGGUUUGUUGUACUUGUCGAUGAUGAAGUGUGCUUGCUGGAGAACACGCAACGUAUCGUCAUAGUCAUCGUUUUUGACGCCUCUUUCGUUCCCCGUGCCAUUGCUGUGAUCAUUGCAGGUCUCGUCGUUGCUAUCGGUCCUCCAGGGAUCCCAGUCGUCUCUAUCGAGGCGUGUUCCACCCCCACUGUCCCUGACCCAAUCAUCGCCACCUCGGCGACGUGCUAUGGAAGAACCACGAUGAUCGAAUCUUGCAGCUCCGACAGGACUGUCCUGACUCAAUUGCCGCUUGAUGAUUUCUGCUCCCAUCAGGAUGCUGCUGUUCGUUACGUUCUGGACCUCCUUUUGAGAACGAGAAAUCUGUGACGCUUGGUAAUGAUUGUUGCGUUGGUGUUGGUGUUCAUUGUGCAGGUUGCUCUUUUGUUUCUCUUCUCGGGAGGUCCGUCGCUUAGCGCUCAGAGCGGAGGCGAACUUUUCUUGCAUUCGCAACGACGACGAAUACAGAUUCUGUGACCAGCGACCAUUGUUCUCUUCCGAAGAGCUGUUUGUAGAACAGGAACCUGUCGGUGAGAUGAGCAUGCCCGGCAC